AUGGACGUCAAGGCAUCAAAGCACCUCAAAAUCCGCAACGUGACGGUCAUCCAGAAGGGACAGCGGCAGCAGGGCACGUUGCGCCUUGAAGCGUACCACCUCACUUUCAGCUACGUUCCAGCCCAGAGGUCAAGUGACUCAACCUCCAAGCAUGGGGCGCCAGACCACAGACCCAGGGAAAAGACAAUAUGGAUCUCCUAUCCGCUCAUCAACAGCUGUCUGCUCUCGCCAAGCCAUUCGCAGAGCAACACACGUUUACGGAUACGGUGCCGGGACUUCAAAAUGUUUGCUUUUAUAUUCUACGAUGACGCCCAACGCUCCGCUGAUGACAUGGCACGUGAAGUCUUCUAUGCACUCCGCGAUCGAUGCUGUGUGGAACGAGUGCAGGACUUGCACGCAUUCCAUUUCAAAGCACCGCAAGAAGAAAUCGCAGUCGGCGAGUUUGCCUACGAAGCUCGACGAGAAUUUUCCCGCAUGGGCAUCGGCAGCAAAGCAGUCGAGGGACCUGGGAGUGCAUGGCGUAUUACUGAGAUCAAUGCCGACUACUCUUUCUCCCCAACAUAUCCCAAAGUCCUGUGCGUUCCACACUCAGUGAGCGAUAAUAUGCUCAAGUACGGAGGCCCAUUCCGAUCGAAAGCCAGGAUACCCGCACUCACCUACCUGCACUCAAAUGGUGGCAGUAUAACCCGUUCCUCGCAGCCAAUGCCCGGGUUUACGGGGAAACGUAAUCCGCAGGAUGAGAGACUGGUCUCGGCCAUCUUUGCAAGUCACACAGGAUCGCAUCAGUCGCACACAGAUUCACCGCCACGACUUUCCAGGGACGUGCCAGAAUCAUCCUUCGAGGUCGAUGAUUCAAACACAGGAAGACUCGAGAAAGACACUGCGGGCCUGUCGCUUAGUCAAAGUGAGAGUGCACUUGACGAGAAAUUCGUCGAGCACGAGUCUCUACCCAGACCAAAGGUAUACGGGAGCACAAGGCGAAACAUGAUAGUAGACGCCCGGCCAAAGAUUAAUGCUCUGGCAAAUCGUGCGGGAGGUGGUGGCAUGGAGGACGUUGCCAAUUACCGCGCGUCGGACGGCUCUCUUCCGGAGCGUAUAUUUCUUGACAUCCCAAACAUUCAUGUCAUGAGAAAGUCUCUAGAAAAGGUGGUGGAGAGUUUCGCUACCUCGGACAUAACGGAUCUCAGACCAGAUCAAGAGGCCUUGCGCAAAUCUGGUUGGCUACGUUACAUCGCAGCCCUUCUUGAUGGAGCAAAGAUGGUCGCCAGAGCUGUAGGCUUAGGCGGCAGUCACGUUCUACUGCACUGUUCGGAUGGCUGGGACCGCACUUCGCAAGUCGCCGCGAUCGCAGAAGUAAUGCUUGACCCCUAUUAUCGAACUCUCCAGGGCUUUGUGACUCUUGUUCAAAAGGACUUCCUUUCCUUCGGCCACAAGUUCGAACAUCGAAACGGAAUUCUAGGAAGCGAAAAAUGGUUCGACAUUGAGAAUGAAAGGGUGGUGCCUCCACGAUCGAAAGAAAACACUAGCGCGGAUCCCAAAGGCAUCAAUACCUUUGGGUCAAAGGCGAUUUCUGGGGCCAAGAACUGGUUUGAGAAAAGUCGAGACAGUAUCUUUGGCCAAGCAAAUGAUAGUCGAAGCAGUCUUGAUGGCGCUGGUUCUCGACCACCUUCACCGCCUGCCAAUCCAGUCCUCCACGCGCCGGCGAGUACAAGUACAGCGAAAGAUCGCGAACACAAGAUCAAGGAAGACGAGAUUGCACCGAUUUUCCACCAAUUCCUGGACGCCAUUUUUCAACUUCAACACCAGUUUCCCAACGCCUUCGAAUUCAACGAGCGCUUCCUCGUACGACUAUUCUAUCAGACUUACGCCAGCCAGUAUGGCGAGUUCCUGUUCAAUAACGAACGGGACAGGUCUGAAAAUGAAGAUCGCUUUGCAUCAGUGUGGCCACACUUCUUUUCAAGAAGGCGGGAGUUCAUCAAUCCAGAUUAUGUUCCCAAGGUCGACGAUCCUCUCCUAUUCCCAGGCCAGAGCGUCGAGAUUCGGUGGUGGAGCAACCUUUUCGGGCGGAAAGAUGAAGAAAUGAACACACCUCGCUCCCUCGCUCCGCCAGACGCCGAUGCAUAUCUCCCAAGCUUUGCUGUGCAGCCUUCUGAGCUGUCGCUUCCAAGUGAUGACUCCACAGCAGAUGAGCGGCAGAUCCAAGAGACCCGAAGUGUUCCCAGCUUUGAUACUAUGCGAAACGCUAUCACCUCGGCAUUCACCUCAUUCCAGAUGCCAGAAGUCAGCAGCUCGGCCCCUCCUAGACCGAUACUAGAACAACGGGAAACUGAUGUCGAGGUUCUUGCUCAGUACGCUGGUGCGAAUCAGAAGGCAGAUUCCAGUGAAGGUUCAUCAGCUCAAAUGGAAACGAAUGAUGAUGAGGUCUCUACGGAACAGCAGGGAGUGAAAGGUGCUGAGGGGAGUAGCGGACUUGAUGCUACUGCUUUUGCACAGGGAAGCGCUUAUAGAGAUUAG